GCACGCUUUAACAAAUCUGAGAAACGUUAGAAGUGUGACUUCGAAUCUCCAACUCCGUCUGUUAUAUAUGACGGUGACAAUGGAAACGAGGAGUCUCCUCCUAUCUUGAUCGUCCUAUAUGCAAUUCAUCCUUUUUUUUCAUUUUAAUUUAAAGCUUCACAGCAUCCAUCACAUGAUCACAAUCCCUGCCUUUCUUCCAGCCUGCUGCUUCCUCUUCACUUUCUUCUCCUGACUAAUAACACAACUCCUUUUUCCCCCCGCUGAUUGUCGGUUAAGAUCCUAGUCGGACUCGCUCGUCCUCAAUCCCAGUAGAUGGCGUCGGCCACAAUCGGCAUCGGCAACAACAUCUUUGUCGGGGAUCACGUGGGGAAACGGGAAAUCAAGAAUAGGUGUAAUGAUCAGUUGGUGGUGAUCGGCCAUCAGAGCCGCUCGAGAGGAAUACGGAAGGCGAGGAUGUCGACCACCACGGCGAGUGUGGCACCGAUUUGGAAGUACGAGGGAGGAGGAAAAGAUAAGGAUCGCAGAAAUGACGCCGUUGAUGUGCACGAGAGGCUGGACGGAUGGAUGAAGGAUUCAGUGGUGGAGAUCGUGAAGAAUUUAAGGGAAGCGCCGCUGUUAGUACAGGUGUAUCCUAAGAAGAAUGCUAACGGCGGCGAGGCGACGGCACUGAGGACGGAGAAGGCAGAGGUGGAUGAUUGGCCGGGGGUGGUGCAGAAAUGGGAAACAGGAGAGGCGCCAUUGCCGGAAGGGGUCAUAUUGGUGGAGGAGUUGGGGGAUGAAGGGAAAGAAGGGAAGGAGAGGACGACGAAGGCAUGGGGGGUUGUGGUUCAGGGGAGGGGGGUGGGAAGCGGGCCCAUAUGUUACUUGCUGAAGACGAGUCGGGUCAAAUCGGGUCCUGGGAUGAGCCCGUUCUGCACCUAUUACUGCUUAGUCCGAGUGAAGAGUUUCAGGGAAACCGUGGAAUCGCAGCUCAAGAAUUGUUGGCUCUUACCGGGCCAGGACUCCUGAUGGUUACCGGUUCUGGAAUUGAUUUGAAAGAUUGUGCAAAUUCUGAAGAUCAUUAUUAUUAUUGCAUCUUUAAGGCCUGAAGUCUGUUAACUUGUAUACAGUCAAUCCAAGUGAAAUUGUGCAUGCCAUCAUUAAUCUUGAGUAGUAAUAUUAACAACCAUUGAUUUCGAUGUUUCAAA